GAGGGCGCGGCGCUCAUACACAUCGCACAACAUUGGGCAAUGAUUUCUAUUUCUAGGAACAGCAUUUUGAUGUCACGUAUGCUGACUCUUACUAGACUCUAGACAGUUCUGAGUUGUGAUUUUCUAUGAUUUCACAACAAUUCGCCCAUGCCACUCUGGCUAGCUAGGUGCUAUUUCUUCGCAGGCAAGGUUGAUUUCAUCUUUUCGAAGAGGAAGACAUAAUGACACGAUUACAAAUGCAGAUAUCGUUUGUCGCCUUCUCCAUUUUCGCCUUUCUUAACGGCAGAGUGAACGGACAACAAGUGGACUUUCCCAUUCGUCUCCAAGGGGGGCUCACCGAACUCGAAGGACGAGUGGAGAUAUUUUACCAAGGCUCAUGGGGGACCAUUUGCGAUGAUCAAUGGGACAGCAAUGACGCGACAGUGGUGUGUCGACAGCUUGGGUUCCUUGGCACUGCAGUCGCUAAAACUGGCGCAUAUUUUGGAGAGGGCACCGGAGACAUCGUUCUCGACGAUGUGGAAUGUGUAGGCACGGAGAGCCUUUUAGGCCGGUGCCCCGCUAAGCCUUUGGGCGAUCACAAUUGUGGCCACGGUGAAGAUGCUGGAGUUGUGUGCAGAGCUCCAGGCGAAGAAGUGGGGUAUUCCAUUCGGCUUAUAGGGGGCAGCAACGAUCUGGAAGGCCGAGUGGAGGUGUUUUAUAAGGGUGCGUGGGGGACGGUUUGUGAUGACGAGUGGGAUAUCAGAGACGCAGGGGUGGUGUGCCGACAGCUCGGUUUCGACGGCACGGCAACACCGAGAGUAGCAUCAUAUUUUGGUGGUGGCUCCGGAGAUAUCGUGUUGGAUAACGUUCAGUGUUUAGGCACGGAACUCUACUUGGCCAAGUGCACCUCUUCAACUGAGCACAAUUGCGGCCACACUGAAGACGCUGGCGUGACCUGCACAGAUGAUGAUGUCACUGGUACGCAUAAGGACUAUUCCGUUCGACUUCGAGGAGGUGGUACUUCUCACGAAGGCCGAGUGGAGGUGUUUCUGAACGGUGAAUGGGGCACGGUGUGUGAUGACGACUGGGGCAUCAACGACGCCAAAGUAAUCUGUAGACAGUUGGGCUUCCCCAAGGCACGCUACGCGAAAACGUCUGCGUUUUUCGGCGAGGGCCAGGGAGAGAUUCUAUUGGACGACGUGGGCUGCGUGGGCUUUGAAUCCCACCUACGAGACUGCACAGCAAUGUUUACGCACAACUGCGGUCAUGGAGAAGAUGCCAGCGUCAUUUGCAGUGACGAAGACGGAAACUUUGUAGAUAGUGCGGAAACAUGGGGACAGGUUCGGCUUGUUGGCGGGGAUACUGCCAACGACGGCGCGGUUGAAGUUUUCAUCGGGAGCCAGUGGGGUAAAGUUUGCGAUGACGAAUGGGAUACUAAUGACGCCGAAGUCGUUUGCCACCAGUUGGGUUACACAGGAACCCGGGGAUAUACUAUCGGUUCUACCUACAAGGCUAGUGAGGGUAGUCAAUUUGUCAUGAGCGAUGUAGCCUGCGCGGGGAGUGAAACUAGACUUGUUGACUGCAGCUACGACAGCACACCGACUUGUUUUCAUUUUGAAGAAGCUGGAGUGGAAUGCUUGCAACCGACGCAUGGCGAUAUACGUUUGUUUGGUGGGACCUUUCGCAGCGAAGGACGUCUUGAGUUAUAUACGACCAAUGGUUGGGGAACUGUCUGUGAUCUAGACUGGGACGAGAAUGAUGCGGAAGUCGCCUGUCGAGAGCUUGGAUUUACUGGCGUCACAAUUUCAAACCUUGAUGGUGAUUUUGGCGUUAGCAACGACCCCAUCGCAGUCUCAUCUGUCUAUUGCUCUGGCCUUGAGAAUCGAUUUGUGGAUUGUGACAUACCUUCCGUGGAAUUAAGUAGCUUCUGUACCCACGACAAUGACGUUGCCAUCAAGUGCUCCACGCCGGCGAACACUGUUGAGAUUAUAGGGAUCGUCGUCGGAGUGCUCAUCGGCCUUGUUCUCCUUAUUUCUUGCUGCUGGUGCUGCUGCAGGUCAUCCCCAAAAGAUGAGACGACAACGGCCACCACCACAGCACCGGUCACCAACGGGGCGGGAACAACAGAAGGUUACAUCCCAGUUUCCCAGAGUCCGGGAGUGAUCACCCACCCACCUGUUGCUUCCUACUCGCCCGCCCAAAACACAGUCGCCUUGAACCCGUCGGGCAAUUACGUUGAGCCCCCACCACCAACUUAUCAAGAUGUGAUUACAACACCAUCAGCUUAUCCAGUGACAAUCCCAGUAGCUACCCCGGCGUACCCUGGCGCUGCAACUGCACCACCCCUAUAUGAGGGUUACCCCGCCCCUAGUCAGGGCGGCGCAGCCUACCCUCCACCCAGUCAAACCCAGAUGGCCUAUCCCCCGCCGGCUCAACCAUAUCCCCCACCCGCUCAACCAUAUCCCCCACCCGCUCAACCAUAUCCCCCACCCAGUGGUGUUCAGCAAAAAAUCCCCACCCAGUCUGCACCCAGUGGGGAUAGUGAGCUACCAUACCCUACCACCCAGCUCACGCCCAGUGCACCUACCAAUGUGUAGACAUUUUGGAUAUUAAUACUGGAAAUUUGGACAGAGUAAGUCUAUUACCUUUUCUGUUUUAUAAUCAUUAACAAAAUAUUAUUAUGUUUUUGGUUUUUUUUUUUUUGGGGGGGGGGGGGGGAAAUACAAGUGUGCUUCCGGAAAAUGAAGAAACGGCAAAACACUCAAGAAAUACUAAAUUAAAAGCAAACACAAAAGUAAAAAAAACAAAAAAAACAAAAAACAAGCACAUAUUUUUACGGGGGGUUACAUUUUUUU